AUGGGCAAGAAAGGUAAUAAAAACAAAGAAAAAGAUGAGUAUAAUGGUCCCACACGUUCUGGAAGACGCGGUAAGUGUUAAAAUUCAAUUUUUAGUGAAAAUUUACGAUUUUUCAGGGUCAGAUAGCGAUGAAAGUGAAUUGAGUAUUGAUGGCGAUUUAAACAGUGUUCGUGGUGAUGUUGAAGAUAUUGAUGAUGUUAUGGAUAAACUGAUUGAGAAUUUGGAUAAUGCGCAACACAAAAAGUUAGUUAUUUUCAAUAAAACGUUUGGUGCGAUUUUCUUUACGGCUCUAGUUUUUCGACCGGUAUUCGCGUGAAGAAAAACUCAUCGUGAUUUUUGAGGUUAAAAACAUAACUCUUGUCUGACUAACCUUUGAAAUUCUGUACAACCCACAGUACACAUACAAUGAAAAAUUGAUUCAAGAAAUGAUCAAGAAAAUGAUCAGUUUCACGUUUCGACAUUUAAUUUCUGAGCCACGUUUUCUAUUUUUUCUUCGAGAAAAAAAUGACCGAGCUCGAGAAAAUGAAAAAUAGAAGGUUUAGAAAUAUUCCACCCCAUUUUGACAGUUUUUAGAUCUAAAAAUUUCAAAAAAAACCAACUUCUUUCAGUUUGUCAAUUCGCACACACGCCCUUGCAAAUUUGAAUUUUGCCCUAACUUCGCAAUAUAUCCCAGAAUUUGUUGAUAAAAACAAAAUGACGCUUCUCGCCCUUUGCUCGAAAUUAGGAAACAAAACAACAGCAGAAUCCAAACUUCUGGUUCAUUUAUUAACUCUUGUUUCGCUUCAAACUGGAGAGGAGAUCAAUGAUUUGAUUGAGGAACCAAUGGCACAAAUGAGAGCCAUUUUAAUGGAUUCAUCGAAAGAUGUUGGAUUGAGACAUUUCUGUGCUUUGGCUUUGGGAAUUGUUUCAAGAAUGUCUUGUUCGGAAGAUGAUAUUAUUUCGGGGAAUUUGAAGGCUUGUCAAUUCACAUGGUCAUCUUUCAAACAAUCAUCUUCGAAUUCUGAUUUAUUCACAUCAUCGAUUAAUUCUUGGUGUUUGUUAUUAUUGGAUGCAGAUCAUCAAUCAAUCUCCCAAGCUAUCAUUGACCAGCCGAAAAUUGUCCAAUUUUUAUCAGCGGAACAACUUGAGAUUCGAAUAUCUGCGGGAGAAGCUUUGGCAUUUUUGUUUGAAUUUUUUGGAAAUAUCCGACCUGAUUACAAAUUCCCAAAUCACGAUAAUGUUUUGGAUAUUCUUGAUGAUUUGGUAUCCGAUACAACUAAAAAGAAAACGAAAAAAGAAAAACGAAUUCAAAGAUACACAUUCAGAGAGAUUUUCGCAUUUAUGAAUGAUGAAAGUGAUCCACCACAAGUGAAAAUUAAAUUCGGAAAAGAACAUCUGGCAAUUCAGACUUGUUCGAUGAAAAUGUUCUAUGAUUUGUGUUGCGAGGUUUUGCAUGGUGGAAUUAUGAAACAUUUGCAAACUAAUGAGGUUAUUCGAGAGGUUCUUCAAUUGGGAGAUGUUUUGGAUAAUGAUGAGAGAAUUGAAGGAAGCAAGGCCGAAAGGGUAGGUUUUUGAUUUGAUUUGGGGUCAGGGAUUUUUUUGUUAUUUUUCUGAAUCCAAUGAAAUUAAAUAUAGGAAAUCCUGAAAAUACCAUUAGAAAUAUCUGGUUUUUGAGAACUUGAAAUUUAAAAAGACCUCUCUCAAAAAAUCAUUGAGAAUGAAAAAAAUACGUGAAUAAUGUUUUAAGAAAUUUUGAAAUGAUUCUGAACAAAAAAUAAAGUUCUCUAGCCAAAAUUUUAUUCUGAAUUCGAAGUUUGUCGCCUCGAAAAAAACUGAAAUUUUAUUCCAGAUGGCAAUUCACGAAGCCGCUGACAAAUACCGCAAACAAGCACGUGGAAAACAACGCGACAAACGGUCUGUAGUUUUUUGA